UUUGGCUUAUUGUGAGCUGUCACGUCUCGUUAGCUGGUUAGCAGCAGCGGCUAGCUAGUGUUGCUCCAGACAGACAGGAUUGACAUGAUUCUGCGUGCUGUCAGUCCUCCUCUGCAGCACGAUGGUGCAUGAAAAGUUACCAAACAUACGGGGGCUUGUGCUCGAUAAUCUUGUUCUCGUCGUCAGGCUGCUGGUGUGAUGAUGAAUGCUGACGAUUGCAAUGGCCGUUCGUACAUGUCAGGUAGUGGAGAUUCUUCAACAGAGCGGGAGUUUUUUGCAGGGCUGAGAGGACCCACCGUGAGCACACCAAACAGUCAACAGUCCUCACCCAGCCGCUCACUCAGUGCUAACUCCAUCAAAGUGGAGCUGUAUAGUGACGAGGAGGCAGGUGGUGCUCCACUAGUGGAAAGGAGAGUCGGAGAGAAAGAUGAAGGAUGGAAAGAUGAAAAGGGCGAUUUGGCAGAAGACGGUGGAGUGGAGAUGGUUGGAGGCACUCGAGGGCAGGCUGGCAGCGGCUGCGGGGAGAUGGCCAGCUCUGAACCCGCAUCCCCUGGUCCCAUUCGGCUGCCCAACGGGAAGCUUAAAUGUGAUAUAUGCGGGAUGAUCUGCAUCGGACCCAAUGUUCUUAUGGUGCACAAACGCAGCCAUACAGUCUUGGUCUCGGUAGGUGAGCGGCCAUUCCAAUGUAACCAGUGCGGGGCCUCCUUCACUCAGAAGGGCAACUUGCUGCGUCACAUCAAGCUCCAUUCUGGCGAAAAGCCCUUCAAAUGUCCCUUUUGCAACUACGCCUGUCGCCGCCGUGAUGCUCUGACAGGACACCUCCGCACCCACUCUGUAUCCUCCCCUACAGUAGGAAAGCCCUACAAGUGCAGUUACUGUGGCCGCAGCUACAAGCAGCAGAGCACCCUGGAAGAGCACCGUGAGCGCUGUCACAGCUACCUGCAAAGUCUGGACCACCAGCCGGCUCACAACACCCAGCCUACUCACGGUGAAGAGUCCCAUAACGUGGAGAUGAUAUCUGAACCCCUGAUCCAGUCCUCAUCAGAAAAAAUGACCUUCAUUGAUCGUCUGGCAAAUAGCAUCACUAAGAGGAAGAGAUCUACACCCCAGAAAUUCCUGGGUGAAAAGCACAUGCGGCUGAAUAUAUCUGAAGCACCUUAUGAUCUUGACCCCAAUCCUGAUAAAGAAGGGGAUUUGUUGCUCUCACAUCCUGAGGGCGACCCGGCUGCUCUAGCAGAGAUGGGAGGGCGUUUCAUGCGGGGACCAAGAGGAGGCAGCAAUGACGUGGAUCCUUCCCGCUCGCUGCGGAUGCCGCCUCACUCCGCCUGCCUCUCAGAAUUCACCCCAGUCAUUAGCUCCGUCUACCCUCAUAUAACCCCUCUAGGUCAGCGCUUAAACUGUGCGGGGGGCAUCUCCAUGGGCUUGGCCGGGAGGGAGGCCGGCGAGGGUCAUGAAGAUUUGCCCUCCACCCGCAGCCGCGCUGCUUCGCCGAGUAACGGUUACCAAGAUUCGACAGACACUGAGAGCAUGGCGGAGGAGCAGUGCGUUAUUACCUCGGCGCCACCGGGAAAUUUGAACCACCGUGGGCGCGAUCGGCACAGUCCUAGUCACGCCAAAGAAAUGGACAUAGAGGGGGACAGGGAGAAAGGGGUCCCUGGGGGUUUACCGACCAAGGCGAGUCCGCGCUCACCGUUGACAAGAGAAGCCAUGCAGGUGGUAGACGGGGAAGGGCGGCCGGUGCGUUCCUUCCGCUGCGAGCACUGUCGCAUUUUCUUCCUGGACCAUGUCAUGUUCACCAUCCACAUGGGCUGCCACGGCUUCCGCCAGCCAUUCGAGUGCAACAUCUGUGGUCACCGCAGCCAGGACCGCUACGAGUUCUCCUCACACAUUGUUCGUGGGGAGCACCAGGUGGGCUGAGGUGGAUGGUGGAGGUCAAAACUGGGGGAAGAUGUACAGAGAGUUGUAUGCUGCUUUGAGAUGGCGUCAUGGCAUCUAGUUCGGUCUGCACCAGAGUGGGGCACAUUAGCACUUGCUUUUAUAGUUAGCGAACAUCCAAUUUUUACCUUUUAAGGCUAAUCGCUUGGGUACGAACACAAAACGUGCGAUUGCAUCCUGCGUUAGAGGAUGUCAGGAGGAUUCACCUAGUCCAAUCCUCCGAUUGCACUCCCACAAAAAGUCAUUCAUCGCAAGACGCAGCUGUUUUGCUUUAGAAGUGCCUUCCUUCCGUGGGGUUUAUUUUUUAUCAGUUGCGAAGAGAAAUUCGAGAUGUGAGAUUAGGUGUGUACUCAUCUGUUCGGUGGCGUUUACAUAGAGUCUGCCUCUUCAGGAGAGAAGGACAAAAAAUAGCUUCGACGUCCAAAGUCUGGACUGUUUUAUCCAGAGCGGUUUUCCAAAGUUUCUGAGCCUGUUAAACAAGAGAAAUCUAAGCCUAGGAGUAUUCACACAAACAUUGUGCUCUUUUAGGAUACCUCGAUGGGACUGUUGAAAUUAGGCGACUCAGGGAGGACACUGCUGACAGAGAGGGAAUGAGGAGCAAGCAGCGUAAAUCGCAAAACUGAGGCUGGAGUAUUGGUAUGUUAGCCAUAUAAGGAGCACAGACACAUAUUGCCUUAAUCGUUGCUUUAUAUGAACCCUGUACGAGCUAGUCGUUGAAUUGCACAUGGUUUUUAAUGCUGGAAGAUUUAGUCGGUACAAUGCAGUUUGAAUUCGGGUAACUUUAAAACAAAGAUGAUACGGCACUCUUGGAUCAAGUAGGAUUGGGGUUAGGCUAAAGCUAGGGUAAUUUUAUUAAUUUCUAAAAUGUAUAUUAGUGUUUUAUUUGAGAAAGGAAAUGAACUUGAAACAUUUGCCUUAGUUUUUGAGUCUACAACCUCUGUCCUGAAGAAGAAGAAAGGUUGGUUUCCUCGUGCCUCAAAUCUUGAUUGUCGUUUCAAACCUUAUCUCGACCUCACUUACAUUACGAUAAAUAUUUUGCCUAUCAAAUCUAUUGAGAAUAGAGGGUUUUUUUUAAAUAGAGGUUUUUGUAGUAUGAAGUCCCCACCCUCCAUCCUCUGCCAUGCUGCAAACACAGUAGGCCACAUUGUUUUCUUUUAGAUGCGGAGGGGGGAAAGGAGCCUUAAAGUUCUGGUGCAGACCAAACACUGAGCCAUGUUGCAUUCCGUGACUCUGAGUGAAGGGGAAGGGUUGUUACCUCAAAAGGAGGAUUGCACUUUUUCUAAUUCUGCUUAAAUGUGAGUGUUUUGCUGGGGCUGGGGUGGGUUUUGGACCGGCGCGGCGACACGGGGCGGGAGGGGGAUUUUAUUCAAAGGCUUUAGGGAAGCAGACACAGUAAAGACUGGUAACUGAGCUUUGAAACAUACUCUUUUGUUUUCUGAAAUUGCUCUAUUGCACUGAUUUCUGAUAAAAAAAAAAAUGCUAUUUAGAGAAAACAAGAAACAAUUUGAUACGAGAACACGUUGGUUAUAAAGACCAGAUGAACAGUGUGGUGUUUUUAAAAACAAUUCUACAAAGGCUAUUUUCCUAAUAACAAAAGGGGUCGCAGUCAUUUAAGGUUUCAGAACUGAACAUUUUCUCCUUGUGUUGUAAAAUUUGGUGCUUGGAUGUUUGUGUGACUUCUGCCCUUGAUAUUGGACUUGUAUCCUGUACGCUUGUCCUGUGUGGUCAUGUCCAUAUGAGUUCAUGCAUACGGUACUCUCGAUCCCCACCGAGUAUGAACUGCUGCUUGAUUUUGAAGGAAAGGACUGAAAUGUUGUCGUAGAGUUAUGUACCGUCCUGCCAAGAGAUAUAUAAAUAUAUGGUGGCCUGUUUUAUCAGCGGAUCUCACUUGCACAAACUGAGAUGAAACUAAAGCACCAAUGAGUGAAAUAAUGAAGAUUUGUUUUGUUUGAUUGCUUGUACAUUUCUCACCUUUAUGUGACGUGGGCUGUGGUUAAGGGUACGUGGAUGUUGUAGCAUGUGUGUAUAACUGGACCCUGAAGGUGGUCAGCUGUUUCCAAAACUUGCUUAUGUGUAAUCCACUGACCCUACAUCUUUCGGUUACUUUCACGAUGUUUGUAGGCCUCUUAAUGCGAAUGCUUGGAUUCACUCCAGUGCAAGCCUACGGAGUACAGUAUGAAUGGAUAAGUGAGACCAAAUCCAGUAUUUACAAAGGUUAGUCAAUGACUUUGCACCCUUACUUUCUUUUAUUUUUAUUUUUCUGCAAAAAAAAAUUAUUUACUUGAAAUUAUGGCAAAAACCAUAUAUGACACUUAAUGCACUUAACGGUCAAAGAGAAAUUAUGUAAUGAAUUCUAUCGAGCGUGUGAAUGGGAGAGGUUGCAUGUGUACUCGUUUGUUUUCUGGGGUUCUGCAACUCUUCUGCUUGUGAAAUACUAGCUGCAAUUUUUCCCUAUUUCCUCUAAACCAAACCCAGCUCUUUAUCUGCAUCAUUUCAUAUUUCUUAUCCCCAAGGUGUGAUGAACUAAAUAUUUUUAAACGAACUGUGAAGCAACCAUAACGAGCAGCAACUGAGAAAGAGAGACUUAGCGUUUUUGGGGAGGCAGGGAUCAAACUCUGUCGUUCUUGGGCUUUAUCCCUGGAUUCAAUGUUUUUAAAUAUUUUGUGAGAGAAAAAAAAUGUAUAUGACAAAGAAAAACUCUUUACCUCAAAUUUGUUAAAAUAUAAAAAAACUGCCUCAUGUUCUAUAAAAAGGUGUGUUGGUUUCAAGAGGUAUUGUUUAUUUGAUCUUGUUUUUAAGGAGUGUAACCCAACUUUAAGUUGAAGUAAUUUUUCAUGUCCAAUAAAGUAAUAUUUGUUGUAACUUC